GGUGCUCUCGGCCAGCCCACCCGCGCUAUAAAAAGGCGCGAGAUCAGUGUGCGGCAUAAUAAGCACAGCGUUGGCUAUACACAUGCUACUGUAAAAUUGUUUUUGAGCUCUGUCGGCGAUUUGGGCGUGCAAAAGGCGGCUUCGGCGAAAACAUGAUCGAUUCGCAGCCGUCGGACGCGGCAUCAGCCUCCGGGCAGGCGGCCGAUCCCACUCCGCAGCUGGACGCGGGCCCCGGCGGCGCGGCGGAGCUAGGGGAGCGGGAGGCGCACGAGGCAGCGAAUGCCGCCGACGCGACGGCGGCGGCGCUAGCGGACAGUGAUGACCUGGACGCCGAGGAGGAAGACCUAGUCAGUGAGCUGCAUGCAGCGCUACUGGGGGAAACUAGCUCAGGCGGCAGCGCCGCCGCCGCCGCUGCCGCGUCUGCCGCCGCCUCGGCACAAGCAGCUCUGCAGGAUGACACGCCGCCGCAGCAUGACGAGGCCGUGGACGCGGCAGCUGGUGGCUGGGGCAGCGCCGGCGGCGCGGCUGACGACGGCGGCCGGGGCUGGGCGCGCGGGCCGUCGGGGGGCGCGGUGUGGGGCGAGGAGCCGGCAGCGGAGGCCGCCGGUGGCGGCGCCAGCAGCACCUCUGGCGCUGUCGCCAGUGCUGCAGGUGCGGAUGUGUACGCGCCGCGCAACGGCCCCGUGGCGGUGUCGCCGCGUCAGGCCAGUGGCGGCAUGGGCUCUGGCCGAGCCGACACCAGCGCCAGUUGGAGGGCGGCAUCGCCCACGGGCACCGGGGCAGGCGCCGCGGCAGGGGCCGGGGGUCCCUGGGAAGGCGCGACAGCGGCGGCCGCGGCGGCCGCGGCGGCGGCGGCCGCCGCCGUGACGCGGCCAGUGCGCGGCGUCGCCACACGCGCACCGGCGCCAGCACCGGCGACGGCACCAGGGGUUGCGGCGGCUGUGGAGGAGGGGGAUGCGGAGGAGCAGGCGGCGGUGCUGGCGGUGGCGGUGCCGGGCAGGAGCCUGCAGGCGCGGGUGCGGCGCGCGGUGCUGCAGGCGGCGCUGUCCAAGCCCAAACAUAGCAUUGCUCUGGCGGAGCUGGGCCUGCGCCUGAACAAGCACCGUGACGUGGGCGCCGAGUACCGCGACGCCGCCACCAGCGGCCUGCCCCGACUGAGGGAGCUGGUGGAGGCGGCGGCGGCGGAGCUGGCGGCGGCGGGCGGCGGCAUGGCAGUGGAGUUCAACGCCGCGUGGAAGCAGUACGCGGUGACUGCGGACCCAGUGGCCCUCCGCCGCCUGGCGCUGCGCCGGGCCCUGGCCGCCGCCUACCCGCUGACAGGCGGCGCCGCCGCCUCGACGGAGGAGGACGACGCAGCGGCGGUGCGGCGGGCUGCGGGCGCGGCGCUUGCGUACGUGGACGCGGCGGGCGCGGCCCCCCCGCACAGCAUGAGCAUGCCCCUGAUGGGACACGCCGUCAUCGCGGGCGCCGGCGCGGCUCGGUCGCGGCUGGUGGAUGCGCGCGGCCCCACCUUCGCACUGGCAGCUGUCAUAUCGGCCAACGGCGGCCCUGGCGGCCCUGGCGGCGGCUCCGCUGGCGGCGGCGGCUACAUCACCGUGGCUCCGCUGGGCGGUGCGGGCAAGGCAGCCCGGCUGGACGUGGCGCGACUGCUGCAGGAUGCGGCCUUGGGGCGGCUGGGCGAUCUCACACAGGUGGAGCCGGUGCCGCCGCCCGCCGCCGCCCUGCACAACAGCAGCACCCACAGCAACGGCACCGCUCACGCACCGGAGGCGCACGCGCCGGCCGCUGCAGCCCGGCCAGCGCCGGCCGGGGCGGCGGCGCCUGCAGCCCCAGCCGUCAUUCCGGAGCUCGUCAAGGCGGUGCUACGUGAGGCGGUGCCGGAGGACCGUGAUGGGGCCCUGGCCAAACGCGCCCUGGCGCUGGUGGCGGCGGCCAGCCUGGGCGGCUACGCGGCGCUCACCAGCGCGGCGGCGGCGGCGGCGGCGGGCGGCGAGAGCGACCCGCCCUUCACGCUCCGCAGCAGCCCCUGCGGCAUACUGCUCCGCGAGCUGGGGCUGAAGCCGCCCAAGGGCCAGAUGCGUGCGCUGUUCGACACCGAGCCCCGCAUCUUCCAGGCCGGCAAACCCAGCCCCAACUACCUGAUCAGCCUGGUGCAUGAGCCGCUGCGCCGCCUGGCCACCAGCCACCCGGAAGAGCUGGCGGCGGCGGUGGAGGUGCUGCUGAGGGACAAGGCCUGCCCGGCGCUGCUGCGGCUGAGGCAAUUCUCUGCACCGGCCGCAUCAGCACCGGCCGCGCCCGCGCCCCGCGCCGCUGCCACUACCACCACCGCCCCCGCCACCGCCACCGCCCCCACGACCGCCCCCACCACGGCUCCGGUCCCCCGCGGCUGGCCGCCCGCGCCCCCCGGCCAGCCCGCCGACUACUACAUCCGGCUGGAGCGGGCGGCGCGGGAGCGCGUGGAGGUGGCGGGCGGCGCGGAGUUCAUACAGCAGGUCCGGACCACGGUGGCGCUGGCGCUGCUCCGCCGCGCGCCCGGCACGCCCCGCACCUCCGAGCUGCUGCCGUACGGCCUCACGGUCAAGGCGGCGGCGGCGCUGCUGAAGCGCGCCUUCCCACAGGCCUUCCAGGACCGCCGCCCGCCGGGCGUGUUCCCCGUGAAUGCGGUGGUGAUGGCGCAGCAGCUGCCGCAGCUGUUCCAGGUGCUGAAGCGCAAGGACAGCCCGUCGCCGCACUCUUGGGCCAUCCGCCUGCACGUCAACUCCCUGGAGCAGUCGGCCGGGCUGCAGCUCAGCCGCCUGCCCGACCCGGACGACGACGCAUGGGCGGCAGCAGCAGCCGCAGGCGGCGCCGGCCGCAAGGCCGGCGCCGGCGCUGGCGCCGACGACGAUGGCGAGGGCGAUGACGGCGAGGGCGAGUACGAGGUAGAGCACGCCGCCGCCGCCGGCUCCGCCGGCGGGCUGGCGGCUGCGCCGCCGCCGCAACCGGCCGAAGCGGCCAUGAGCUCAGCGGCGGUGGCGGAGGUGCUGACGUCACAGCCGGCGCGUGCGCUGGCGGUGGCGCUGGCGCCCACCAUCCCGCCCGACGUGCUGCCGGAUCCCGCGCAGGUGGUCAUUGCGGCGCCGUACAGCCACGCGCACUACAGCGCCCUGGCGCACUGCCUGUCCGUACCGCAGGUCGGGCUGGGCGCCAAAUGCUACAACGGGCUGCCCGUGCUCGUCAUGCUGUACGCGCCGGCGGUUGACGGGUUAAAACCGGCGGCGGUUGCCGCCGCAACCGCCUGCGGCGCCGCCACUGCAGCGAUGUCGAAUGCGCUGGCGGCGGCGCGGGGGCUGCCGGCGACGGUGUACAUCUUCGAUGCGCCGGCUGCGGGGCCGCAGGGGGGUUUGGACCUGAUGGGCAGCCUGCGGGCGGUGCUGGAGGAGCCGGGUGUGGCCAAGGUGGUGCACGGCUGCGAGCAGGUCAUUCCCUGGGUGGAGUCGGCUGCGGGCUGCUUCGUGAGCCCCCUGCUGGACACCAAACUGGUGGCGGAGAUGCUGAGGCCGCUGGACCUGGCGCCGCCGCAGGAGGGCGUGGACCCGGUGUCGGCCCAGGAGAACGCGCCCGAGCUGUGGCAGCUGCCCAGCAACUGGCAGGCGGCUCUGACCACCAAGUAUUGGGACUUCGCGCUGGCGGUGCUGCAGCACGCCAGCGGCGCAGACGAGACGUGGCUGCACCGGCCGCUGUCGGACAGCCAGCUGGGUCUGGCCUGCCGCGCCGCGCAGCACCUGCCCGAGCUCUGGUCCGCACUCACCUGGCUGCUGCCGCGCCUGGCGCAGUUCUGCUCGGUGGCGCGGGCGCAGCAGUGCCGCGCGCUCAUGGCGCCCGCGCCCGCGCCGGCGGGUGCGGCGGAGGCGGGGGCGGGGUUGCAGCAGCGGUAGGCGGCAGGCAGCGGGCGCUGGGUGCAGGCCUGGGUGUGGUGGAUGUGAGGCGGAGUGGGCAGGAGUGUGACAGACGGGACAGUUGCGAGGUCGUAGUGCAGAUGCAUGUAGGCAUGGGUGGCGGCGGCGGUGGCGGUGGCGGUCAUGGUAAUGGUAGUGAUAGUGGUAGUGGUAGUGGUAGCGGAAGCAAUAGUAGCCAUAGUGGUAGCGGUAGGAAGAGGAAUAAAAAGACAGCAGCACGGCAAUUGGGACGAGGCUUGAGGGGUGGGCAUGGGGUUCUGCUGCCGUGUAGGCAGGCUUAGGAUUGGGCAGUUGCGCCGUAGAGCGGUAGGUGCGGGCUUCUUGUUGCUGGGGCAGGAUGAUGCAGGCACGCAGAUGGGUGCAGGUAGGUGCGCGCGCAGUGGCACAUGCUGGGAGGGGUCAGUGGUAAAAUGCCCAUGGGUUCGCGCUGUGGUGGGCUAGGCACUGCGGGUAUGGGGGCUGCCCUGACUGGACGCCCCGGGUUUCGGGAUAGCGCAUGUGAGAAGAGAUACCGGGAGGAGCAGGCACGAGCCAGACCGCCAGAGCAAGGACCUGGAUGCGAUCGGUCGGUGGACUUGUGCGCGGAGCUGUGUGGCGCAAACACGCGGCGCUCGUGUGUGCCAGACCAGGGGGGGGGGGGUAGGAAACAAAGUGCCAGACCCCAUGCCCCGAAAUCCCCCGGGACCCCCCUUGAGGGGACGACCGACCCCCCGACGGACAAAACCUUGUUGUUUAGGGGUUAAAACCCCUCCAUUUUAUGCCAAAGUGGUGUCAAUCGA